AUGGUUAAGAGCACAAAGAAUGAAGAUCUAGAAAACACCAAGGUUACCUCUCCAUUGGCUUCUGCCUCUGAUCCAGAACCCCAUUCUUCACCCCACAGGCCACAGAUGGUACCCACAGUGAGGGAGGAUGCCACAGAAGAUCAGCGGGCAGCAGCCGCUGCCUCGGAGGCUCAGGACUUGGCAGAACAGGAUUUGCUGCCUGCAGACCAGGCCCAGGUCCUCAACGAGAUGGCCAAGUACCAAGUUCCACAAAGGUCGGGGGACAUGGUCAUGAUCCAGUCUGAGCACACAGGAGCUAUAGAUGUUCUUUCAGCUGAUUUGGAAUCUGCAGAUCUCCUGGGGGACCACAGGAAAGUCUCCCCACCUCUGAUGGCUCCUCCAUGCAUCUGGACCUUUGCCAAGGUGAAGGAAUUCAAAAGCAAGCUGGGCAAAGAGAAGAACAGCCGUCUGGUGGUGAAGCGGGGAGAGGUGGUGACCAUCCGGGUCCCUACCCAUCCAGAGGGGAAGCGUGUAUGCUGGGAGUUUGCGACAGAUGACUAUGACAUUGGCUUUGGAGUUUAUUUUGACUGGACCCCUGUAACCAGCACUGACAUAACUGUGCAAGUCAGCGAUUCCAGUGAGGACGAGGAUGAAGAAGAGGAAGAGGAAGAGGAGAUUGAAGAACCUGUCCCAGUUGGAGAUGUGGAGAGAGGCUCCAGGAGCUCCCUGCGGGGUCGCUAUGGGGAGGUCAUGCCUGUGUACCGGCGGGACAGCCACCGAGAUGUGCAGGCUGGCAGCCAUGACUACCCUGGUGAGGGCAUCUACCUGCUCAAGUUCGACAACUCCUAUUCCCUGCUACGCAACAAGACCCUCUACUUCCACAUCUACUACACUAGCUGAAGGACUGCUGGGAUGGGGCAGGCUGUAUUUACUGGCUGACAUGGGCUGCCAGCUGGUGCCUCUUGUUUGGAUUGGCAAGAGCUAAAAGUUCAGUGCGAGGCUCCUGAGGCUCACGCCCUGCCUGGCAUGCCUGACUGGUGACCCCCGUAGCUUUUUCCCUUUCUUGGCUUUUGCAGGUGGUGGUGUAGUGCCCCUGUUCUGUGGUCCCUGCCUCAUGCUGUUCUUGCUUCAGACUCCAGCAAAAUCUCUCUGUGAAGGCACCUAUCAGGCAAAAGCCUAAAAGGAGAUAGGGUGUUGUCUUUUAAAAAUAGAUCUGUUUUGGUACUAGGUUUAUCAUUCAGGUUGCUGCUCUUUCCUCUCCCAGAGCCUUUAUUGCCAAUGCAUUUAGUGGUACCCCCUCUUUACCUUUUGAGGUGCCAGAAGAGGGAAAAGCACAUUGUCCACGUAGGAGCCCAGGCUCUUGGAUGGAGAUAGCUCUGUCCAGCUUCUCACCACUGCCAUAUUCCUGCCUGCUAAUUAUUCUCGGUCUCUAGAGACCUCACUGCCUUUGGAGGGAUAUUGUUAUUCCUAAUGGUUAGAUUCCCCCUCUUUUCCCUUUCCUAAGUCUGUGUUUUUGCCAUUACAGCAAGAACCUUCAUGCAAUCUAAAGUGAUAAUCAAUGUAACCUAAGAUCUUCUGGGAAGGAAAACUGCCUCCAUCACUUCCUGUUCCAAGAGUUAAUUUUCCUUACUAAGGACGCUGGCAGUUGAAACAGAAAGGGCAGAAAUUAGGUACUGAAUUGAUCUCAGAAUCCACAUUGUUGAAAGUCAAGUGUUAUUAAAAUUUUUUUUGUAUAAUCAAAGAAUGAAGGGUAUCGUCUGAGAGAGAAGGUUAAGAAAAAUCACCCUAGAUUUCCCACCACUUUUUUGUGUGUGUCUUUUAGAGUAGGGGUAUUAUUUAGAAGUUUUGCUUUUGAACCAAAUGCAGUGAAAUCCAGUCAGGUUUCCAAAGUUUCUGGAUUUAGGUUCCUUGCAUUUAGGGUUUAAAGUGUUUGGUGUUCAAAGUCCCUUAGGAAAGGUGAUAAUGAAGCUUCGCUGUUGCUGCUGAUUGUACUCGUUCUUUACCUGGCCAAAGCUUGCAUUUCCCUGGUGACAGCCUUUCCCACUCUCUCAGCCCUGAGGCCCAGGAGUGCCAGAGUGCAGGUGGUGCUGAAGCCAGUGGUCACCAGAGACCCAGGUGGCAGGGCCUCAGGAAGAGAAGCAUAUGAGAUGAGACCUCAGCAGUUGUCGGUACCUGCUUGUUUCUUAUCCCUUGUGUUAAGUCUGUUACUGCCUUUGAACUUUGAGGCAUAAUUAGAUUUAUUUAUUGCUUUAUUUUUUUAAGCACAUUUCAUUGCCUUUGAAACAGUUUCCGUCUGUUUCUCAGAAGGCUUCCCAUCUGUUCUGUGCCACUGAGGCCACCUCUUCUACGAAGUUAAAGAUGACGAUUUUAGGAGAAUUUGGGAAGUGAUAAUGCUCCAUUCCUGUAGGCCUGUCCUGUGAUGCUUUGGGAGGAGUUUGCCUCUUAGAGAUACGUGAUGCCAACCUACCCCGUGUAGAGGGCGCACCCGGCACUUCCUGCCAGGAAUUCUAGGUCAUGAGGCAAUCUGCCCAUUUACUAGGGAGUGUGUGUGGAGGAGUUGACUGGCAACCAGAGAGAUCCUGUGCUUCCAGGAUUUCAGAGUCCUUCGCCUCCUCUGAAGAGUCACCUUCUUCGCAAUGGUGCCUUUGGCUCAUUCCUCGUUGUGUGGAUGCCUCAUACCAGGCCUCUCUUUCCUGCAGGAGCAGUAACUCCAAGGACAGGACUCCCCGCUAGCAUCGUGGUCAGGAACAAAGGGCAGCAUGUCCUGCACCUUCUGUUCCCCUGGGAUUAGAGCCCUAGGAUAGGACGUCGUGGGUUGCCAUAGCAUUCCCGUUCUCUGAGCAGCAUCAUACCUCCAUUAUUUUAUAUUUGUGAGUGCAUUUUGUAGAGGAUUACACUGACCAAAAUUUAUAUACCUUGUAAGAAAUUUUUUAGUAGCUGUCUAUUUGGGCAGUAAAAAGCAAACCUGCUGUGCGUCACCCCAUCAGAUAGCUGAGUGACCACUCUUUCAUCUUUGAAGUUGAAUCAUGCCUUAGCUAAUUGAAUAUAAUCUUUGUAAAAUCCUUUUCUACUGAGCUGUUGUCCAGCCAGCUAAAACCUUGCUUAUUUUUCCUGCUUAUUAUUAACUUCUGACUUUCAAAAUGGAGCUGUUAGGCCAUACAUAGCAAGUUCCCAGGGAUUACACUUAUUAUUUAUUUUUUAUUUUUGCCGUGAUAUUCUCUCUGCUUAUUUUCUUUGGAAUCCUAGUUCUGUUGCAUCAGAAGCCAGAGGGACUUGUUCCCAUCGCCUCUCUGUGCCUGUUACUGUCUGGUCACUUUUGAAGUCCCAGGCAUUGUCACAUUUCAUUCCACACUGGUUUUUCACUAACAGUCAGGGUUUCUUUGUUCCAUUAACACAAAAUAGCUAAAAGAAGGUAUUUUCACUGUCUGAUUCAUUCACUAUUCUCAUAUUAAAUUUCUGAAAUAAUUGAACUUUAGGGACAAAAUAUUAUGUACUGAGGCACAGGUAAUUACUGAGAACCCAGCAAAUUCUAAGAGAUGGUUAAUUCCUCAAUCUCUCCCUGUCCCUUUAUAGAACUAAACAACAAAAUGAAAAUCAUUUGGUGUCACCCUCACCCUGUUCUCUAGAGCACAGGUAAAUGCUAACACACAACUGAAAGUGCUUCAUAGUAGGGGAGAGAUUGGAAUUCUCUACAGAGGGGCUGAAUUCUUAAAUUUCUUCAGUUUGUUUAGUUUUGCUUUGUUAAGAGAUGGGGCUUUUGGAAAGGAAGACGUGUUUAAAGUGUUAAUUUUUCCCAACACUUUAUUAUGAAAAAUUUUCAGCAAACAGAAAAUUUCAAAGAAGUAUAAACACUCAUACACACACCCCCCACAUAGAUUUUAAAAUUAUAAACUGCUCAUUUUUAAACACAGAUGAUUCUAUCAUUCUGUUCCUUUUGACAACUAUCCAGUUAGAGAAUGCUCCCUGCACAGACAACAUCAGCUCUCCUGUAUCAGAGAGCCCCUGAUUUUCAGGAGACCUGUUUCAUUCAACAUGGGUUCCCCAGGAGGUAGUCUUUAUAAAAAUGUCUCUUGGUCUUCAUCUUUGAAAAUUCAUGCUGGAUUUCCCCUCUCCCUCAGGCCGCGAUCGCUGCUAUUUCCUCUCUAACUGGCAUGUCAGUGUGAGAGUAAUUGUGAAGCUGCUCUGGAACGACUUUCUUCUAUCUCUGUUUCAUUAUGACACAUCCUCAGGACUCUGAAAUUAAAAUUCAAUCCUCAGAUAACAUGUAGCUUUAUAAUGGAACUAGGUAGCAACUUGAAAUUAGAUCAUUCUUAGUUAUUUUUUCCUUAAUGAAUUGAUACAUGCACUUUAAAAAAUAUUUUUAUCUGUUAUUUAGGAAAGAAAACUCAGACUUCUAAAAAUGUGUAUCUUAUCCCAUCAUAAUAUGUGUAUGAUAGAGUUAAGUCUGAAAGCUCAUUGUCUUAUAUUGAUCAGUGGAAUUAGAUAUUAUUGUAAAACUUAUGAUCUAUAGAAAAUAUGAGUUUGUUUUUGAUAAGCCCUACACAGUCCCUCUUUGAGGGAAUUAGGUGAAACUUAUAUCCUAAAGUCUGUGUUUUUAUAUUUAUUUUUUAGGACUUUUUCUCUGCAAAAGGUUGCCUUUAACCCCAAAGUCUGUGGUUCUAAGGUAUGGAGUUGAACCACCCUAAUAUUUAUAUAAAAGACUAUUGUUUUAGUAGAGGAUGAGGGAAGCGUGUGAGUUAAACAGUUUUGUACUGCAUGAGAACUGCCUUUUAAAAUUGAUAGCAAGGAGUGAAAACAGAAUAAAAUGGGGUGGGGGGAUAGCAAAGCUACCAAAUACUGUAUAUCCUGGAAUUUUGCUCAUAUUCCAAUUUCAUUUAAUGCUUUAGUUUGCAUUUUAUUACUUGGAAUUGUCCUUUAAGCCAGAAGCCUUACUGAUUCUCACUGUGCUUGCUGGAGAAAUCCCAGACCCACUUUGCUGUCUUUUCCAACAGGAUCAAAUUUAGAAAUAGUUUUGAGUAGGUCUCCUCUGCUAAGUGUAAUCCUGACUUGAGGGUUGAUUUCAUGUCUGUGUUCUUUGGGAUUAAAGAGUCUAGUGCCAUGAAAAAAGAUAGUGGGAUUAGAAAGAGGCUGGGAGGAGUUAGUUCCAGUUAUGGUACAUACUGUAGCCACAGUUGGUUUUGAUUAUGACCAAGAAGGGGAUGAAAUAAAUUCAUUUUCACCAACGUCACAGAGAACCUCAAACAAGAGUGUGUUUGCAAAACAACAUGGACCCCCUGUAGAUGACCUCCCUGUGAGGUAUAGGAAUCAGAGUCUUCUUUAAUGCGUGGGAUGGUCAUAUACACAGCAGUAAAUGGAACAAGCCAAACAGACACAGUUUUUUCUCCCUUAUAGAAUUUUCUGAGUUUUUCCUGUGGCUAAGAGGUCCACAUCAACCUCUUCCACUAGUUUCCUUCCACCUGGCCAAAAAAGUAUAGAAUUCUUGGAAACCUGUAUCUACUGGAAAGGGGAAGAGUACCAUCUCUACAGAAUCUCAGUGGUUGAAAAGAGUUGGAAAGUAAGUUUCUGUGUGAAGGAGGGUAAUUUCACUUUGUUGAUGUGGGGGGAACGUGUUAGGGGAUCUGUGCUUUAUAGAAGUAAGUCAUUGCAUUCAUUAUGUGUUAGAUGGUGCUCAGGGAGCCAUGAUGCAUGAUUCUUUGGGAAGUAAGUAGGGAAUGUGUCUAAGACCAAUCACAAGCCAGGUAUCUACUUUCCAGUGACCCGAGUACCUUUUGUUCCUUGUGGCCUCUUGGAAUGGGACAAGGCACUGAGGCAAGAACUGGUCUGGCUCUGUUUGUAUCUGCCAAUGGUCAGAGCAACCUUUUGUUCUGUCUAACCCAUCAAGCACCUGUGGGAAUUCCUAAAUAACAUCCCAGUUAUUUAGGCAGUGAGGUUAGGGCAGGAUUUGAGACCCAAAGGGUGAGAGAAACUUUGCUAAGUAUCAUGUGGCCGGAUUUCAGAAAUCAUUGCUCCCUCUGAAGUGUUGCUUUGUUUCUCCCUUAACCAAGAAGGCCACACAAAGCCCCUCCUGUUUGAGUCCUAUGUCUCUAAGCUAAGAAAACACAAUUAACUGCCUAAAGCCUGUGAUAGUAGGGCUUAUUUACAAAUAGUCAUUCCCUCAAAAAUUAAGUCCAAAGGCAAGACACUGGCUUUGAAAUUAUUUGAAAUUUUCACUGGUUUGAAUCACGAUCUGAUUUCUAGCGUAUGUACCUUGUGUUAUAUGUAUUUUUCUAUUAUGUGUAUUCUUUGUAUUUCAUGUUUUUCUUUUAGGCCCCAGGCAUGUGGACCAGAGUUAAUGUCAUGGCUCUUCUUCGUUCUAAGACAUGAUGAAAAGAUACCCUAGAAAACUAGAGAUACAGUCCUCUUUGUUAAAUUCCACAGUUUUCUAUCACUCUAAGCAGGUAGUUUUGGCUUAUCUGGGGGUAAAAUAAUAUAUGUAAAAUGACUUCCAGGGAACAAAGAGUAUUUUCUAAAGUUCUGAUAUAGGAUCAUAAACAAUUCUGAAGUUUUGGUUUGAAAUAUUAUAGUAUAUAGUACAAGGGUACUUAAAAAGUUCAUGGAAAAAUAGAAUUAAGGUAACAAAUCUGUAAACUUUUUGAAGUGCUCUCAUAUUACCAAAGAGCCCAUAAUUCACAGCCAGUUUAAGGGGCUUUAGUCCUGAACUCUCUUUAUCACUCAGGGUUGAAACGCCUAGUCUGUAGUGUUCCUUGCUAUUGAUUGUUAUUGAUUCCUAGGUUCUGGCCAAGAAUCAUCUGAAAAACAUUAUCUUAAUUCCUUCUCUUAUGUCCUAAUAGUACGUUUUACUAAGAAAUUCCAUAUUAAAAAGUCCACUUCUCUUGCUGAGAUUAUUGUCUCAUAAAUGAAUUAGUUUUCAUUUAGUUAAGCUGAAUUAUUUCCAUUUAGCCAUGUUAGAGAGCAAGUAAAGUCUGGAGAAAGCAAUCCUGUAUCCCAUAACUCUGGUGUACCCAUUUUCCCUUAAUAGUAAUGGGAAGUGUUCUGAAAUUCCCAGAAGGAAGCUCCUUUGUAAUCACAGUGAUGGCUUAUAAGAAAGCCAGUCUUUGGGCAAGGAUAGUUAGAAUAGAGGGAGGUGUUUGAAGAUUUUCUAAACUACUUUAUCCCCAUAUAGCUUUGGUGCUGUGUACUCAGUUCUGUCAGUUGAUUGAACGGCAAUCAUGUUCUCUUGGUAAAUAUUUAAGCAAUUGGCAACCACGAAGACAUUCUUUCCUUACUGUUUUGUAUCAUGCACUGAUGUUGACAUUACAGAAGGGGUUUAGAAGGGAAACUUUGUCACAGUCUUGUCUUUUUUCUUUAAAAUGCAAAAUAUCCCAACUAAUCAUUUAUUGUAGUCAACUUGUUUUACGUGUACCCUAACAUGAGAAAUGCUGUCAACAUCUCCUAUGAUUUCUUAAGUUAAGAGCUUUGUACCAAAUUGUUAAUUCUUAUGUCCUGCUGAGUGGUUAUUCUUUUAAAAUGCCAUAUUUUAUCACCCUGUGGCACUGAAUGUGUUGCUGAGAUACACUGAUGAUCCUGAGCUAUGGUUCUGUAAAUAGCUCGGUUCUUGUGUUUUUAUAUUGUGUAACAGUUCUGUGAUGCUUUUGUGCAUUCUGUCUUCUUUUCUGAGUUUUGAAAUCUGUCAUAAAUAAACUUUUUCACUAUGCACCUGAA